CAUUCUUAUACCACGUCGUUCUGAAGUAAGAGCGCAACGAGGCUGGUCCCUUUGAUGCCCCUGGCCGCCGUGUUUCUCACAUAUUUCUAACCACCUGCCCACAGCUGCUUUACGCUCAGCACAGCUUACUUGCCAAGAUGGCCUGCAUCCCAGAACGACAAAGAGCUCUCAAGAUCGUUGAGGCGGGGAAAGUCGAGGUGGUUGAAGGCGCCCAGGUUCCGCAUGCUGAGGGCGAUGAAGUCCUCAUCAGAGUAGUGUCAGUUGCGGUCAACCCUGCCGACGCGAAAUCCCUGGAUUUGUCGCCGACGCGGGGUGCCACCGUGGGUGUCGACUUUGCCGGCGAGGUUGUCAAGGUUGGUCCAGCGGUGAGGAAGCAGAUCUCGGUCGGAGAUCGUGUCUGCGGUCCUGUCUUUGGCAACAAUCCUCUUCGGCCCGAGAAUGGUGCCUUCGCAGAAUACGUCGCCGCGCCGGGGGACCUGCUGUUCAAAAUCCCCGAGGCCAUGGACUUCGACCAGGCUUGCACGCUGGGAGUCAGUCUCGCAACAGUCGGUCUGGCGUUGUACCAAUCCCUAGGAAUUCCCAUGCCGACAUCAUUUUCGACUGUGCAACGCCAGCAGCAGCAGCAGCAGCAGCGGUAUGUCUUGAUCUACGGAGGUGGGACAGCUACCGGCACGAUGGCAAUUCAAAUGGCAGCUCGCUCCGGCCUGGUACCAAUCACAACGUGUUCUCCCGAGCGCUUCGACUGGGUCAAGUCACUGGGUGCUGCCGCUGCAUUCGACUACCGCUCCCCGAGUGUAGGAAGCGACAUUCGGGCCUUCACGCGCAACACGCUCAACAUGGCCCUCGAUUGCAUCACCACCACGACAACCAUGUCGACAUGUUACGAAGCCAUCAGCAGCAACGGGGGCAAGUACCUCAGUCUAGAUCCGUUCCCAAUCCGCACUCAUACCCGCCGGAGCGUGAGGCCGUCGUGGGUUUUUGGCCUGACUAUAUUUGGAAAACCCGUCAUGUGGAAACGCCCCAUGAACGUCGAGGCCAAGCCGAGUGACAAAACGUUCACCGAGAAGUGGUUCUUGGUGGCACAGAGCAUGCUUGACAAGGGUGAUAUUAGGACGCACAAGUAUGAGACCCGUGUAGGCGGGUUGGCUGGACUCGUGGGUGGACUGGAUGACGUGCGAAAGGGGCAGGUAGCCGGGAAGAAGCUGGUGUACCGGGUUCAGGAAUGUCUACCGCUCGCAGAUGUAUGA